AUGUCUUCGGAGGAGAAUCAGGAACUCCAUCAACAAGCAACGACAACAACAACAGCAACAGAGGAAACAAUACCUUCUUCUGUAAAUGACAUACCUUCUUCAUUGAAUGUUGCUGCUUGUGAUGAAGGAAGGGAAAAAGAAGAAGAGGAUCAAAUAUCGGAUAAAGACAAUAAUAAUGAAAAAACACAACCAAUAUUGGAGGAAGAGAAUACUGAAAAAGAUACUAGUACUGUAGGAGAAACAAGUCCAUUGGAUCACGAAGAUGAAAAUUCUGAAAAUAAUUUUGUUGAUGAAAAUUUGACAAACAAAACUGAUGAUCAUCAACAUGAUCAUCUUGGUUCUGUACAACAAAAUGGUAUUGUUAAAGAGGAAGAAGACAAAAAGGAAGAGAAAAUUGUCAAGCCUGAUUUGACUCCGAAUCCAGAAGAUUUACUAACAUUUGAAAAUGGUUUUAUUGAAAAGUAUAAGAAAAUUAGUGAUGUUUAUAAAGAAAGGCUAGCCCGACAUUCAAACAUGCAAGAAUUGCUUGAUUUAAUUGAUUGUGAGAUUAAAAUGUUAGAUUUCAUCAGAGAUCAAUAUGCCACAGAGUUUGACGAGUACAAUAUUACAAACUUUAAAAGUGCUAAUGCAAUUUGGUUUCUUCAAACACAUAUGGUUUCUAUUUUAAAUCACACAACAUCACUUCAUAUGAUUGAAGAUAAUGAUUUACUUUCAAAAAUUGGAGAUUUGAUUAAUGCUGCGAUUCGUGAUUAUAUUUAUAUCAAAAUAACCUAUCCUUUCGAUCUAUUUCAAAAGAUAAUGGAAAGUCAAGCAGAACAAAAGUCAGAAAAGACUGAAAAGAGUUCUGAAUCUCUUGAAUUGGAAGAAUCUAAAUCCUCAUCCCAACUCAGCGAAAAGGAGAAGCAAUCACAAAUAGUUCAAAAAAUUAAUCUCAUAUCAAAAUCACUUGUUCUUGGAGUUGAUGUUUGUAGAUCACUAACCUUCCAAAAACAUGAAAUUUAUUCAAAAAAUCUUGUGUUUGCAAGAGACAACAAAAUGGCAACAAAUGAGUAUAAUCACUAUAUGGAAUUAAUUCAAAAGCAUCCACAAAGUACAUGGAAUGAAGAUUUUGCAAACUGUAUUGUCUCCACUCCAAAACCAAAAGGAGAAAAUAUUCUUUCCAAAUUAUGUUGCAAGUCAAUUAACAUUUUUGCCCAAAACGGAGGUUAUUAUUUAUUUAAUGAACUUUUGAAAAAAUACAAAGAUUUACCAAUAAGAGUAAUAGAAAAGAUUAUUGAUACAAUUUCCUAUCAAUUAGCAUUUCUUGAUCAAAAAACAAAAGAAACUUUUGUACCUGAAAUUAUCAACUCAAUGUUUAUUUAUAUAGAUUCUCUUUCGGAUGAAAUGUUGAAAAUAGAAGAGAAAUUCAAAGAUUUACUAUCAGUUUUCAGAACAAAAAUCAUCUCAUUAUAUUAUAACGAUGAGAAGAGUUUAGAAUUUUAUGACAGAUUGAAAUUGCAAUAUUUUUAUAGGUUAUUGCAUUGUCACUCAGUUGAAAGAAAAAUGUUGGGAAUGAACGAAAUUAGAUCUCAUGUAGACACUCUUAUCAAGGCUGACCAAAUGUCAAAACAGGGAGGAUCUAGUCCACAGUUAAAUGGAUCUAAUGAUUCUAAUAUGUCAUCUGUAAAUAUAUCAAAGAAAGAUUUACAUAUUAGAAUUUUUAUAGCAUGGUCGAGUGAAAAGAAAUUACUAGGUUAUUUAUUUGAAACUGAUGUACAUAGAGAGCUUGUAAGACAAUCUUUAUCAAUACUUAAAUUAUUAGCCCAACAUAAAGGGUUCUCGAGAGAGGAACUUGACUUGUUGUGGAAUGCCUCUGUUGACAAGCACGAGGCAACAGAAAGAUUAAUUCUUUCUACUCUCGCUGGUUUUGUACCAUUACUUUCCCUUAAUGAUAUUCUUUAUUUAUAUUCAAAAAUUGAAGCUAUUCCAGUUGAAACAAUCAGCAAAAGAGAUCACAUGGUAGAUUUCCUUUCUCAUUUUACUAUUUGUGCUGUUAAUUCAUUUUCAAAGUUAAAAGAAAAGAAAAAGAACUGGUUUGCUCUCGAUUUACUUUGGAAACUAGCUAUUGGCGGAAAUAGAAAAGCAUUUGAAUGUCUUUCAGAAUUAUUCAAACAAGAUUGUUUUGAGAGUAUUAGAAAGACAUACCUGUUAAACUGUAUCGAUAUGCUCAAGUCAAGACACAAUACAUCAGGAACCGUAUCUCUUAUGAAGACAUUGUUAGCUACAUACUCCCUUCAAAAGAGAAAGAAAAAACAAUCAACAUGGGGUGUAAUAGCAUCUAUUAACGAAAAAACAAAUCUUAUGGAUCACUUUUUUACAAACUUUGAAAUCCAAUUUCCAAGUGACAUGGAAAAUACCAGUCAGACAGACCAAGAACUGAGGGAUCAAUUAGACUUUUUGGAGUUUGUUAUUAGAAACUCUCCUAUUACCCUUUCUGUUAAAAAUUGUAUUGUUUUAUGGACUCAUGGUAACAGGGACAUUGUUAUGGAAUGGAUGGCAAAGAUGAGAGAAAAUUAUUGUGAAGAUUUUACCUCUUUUGAUGAUGAAACAACUAGAUUUGUAUUUGAAGAGUUAGUUUGUUCGCUGAUUGGAGAAAAUGAAAACAUCAUUAUCAUUGAACAACCAAACUCAGGAAAGAAGUUUAUUUCUAAAAUCAUCACAAAAGGAAAAGAACUUCUUGAGCCUCCUGUUCCAUCACAAGAGAUGGAGGAGGAUCCUGUUCCUGUUGUAAAGAAAAUUAAGAAAAUAGAUGUGUUAUCAGAUGAUUUAAUUGGUUUAGUACACUUUUGGAAUUUAAUUUUAUCUGUGAAAGAUCAAAAGGUGUUAAGACAGGCAAUAGAAUGCUUGAACAAUUACAAGACAGGUUAUGCAAAAGAGUUGAAACAUUUUAUAGCUGACUAUAGAGAAAAGUUCAUUGCAAAAUGUAUGGAACUUCUUAAACAGUACAGUAGUCCAUCUAAGAGAAAAGACGCCUACAUUUGUAACAUCAUUAGUCUUAUGAUUGAUUAUAUUGUAGUAGCAAAUCAAAAGAGUGGUGGAGGAGGAUAUAAAGGCCACGGAAUUAGUUUCCUUGGAUAUCCAAUCACUUUGAAGAUUAGUUGCUACACAAAUGAAAGUUUUGUCAAAUCGGUUUCUUCAAAGAUGAAAAUAUAUGAAUUGACAAAUAUUAUUGCCUCUGAACUCGGUGAUGAAUCUUCGGCCCAUUUAUUAAGAUUGGAAACUGAGAAAGGUGAAGAUUUAUCAUGUUACAAACACAAAACACUGGAAGAUCUUGGUUUAGAAUCAAGUGCUGAAAUUUAUGUCAGACCAAUUUCAUCAAGAGAUAUCACAUUCUCCCUAACGAGUAAUGCUUUGAAAGCUCUUGGAGUUCCUGAACUUGGUAAUGUUUUCCUCUCUAGAAAUAGAUCUUCAGCAAAGAAAAGUAAGAAGCAAGAAGGAGGAUUUUUAGCAUCUUCUACUCAUAACGAUGAUGGUCUUGAUGAGGAAUAUGUGAUAUUGAACUUGGAGGAUGGAUUGAACCCUGCGAGCAUUCUAUCAAAAGAAAGCCAUUUCUCGCUAUUGUUCUCUCUUCUUGACGGUUCAAGCAGUGAUGAGGUAGCCAAAAAGGUUUGGAUGUUACUAAUGCAUUUACCUACAAAUUAUGCAAUGUCCAAAAACAUCUUAAAUAUUGAAAACAUGCAAGGUAAUAUUAAUUGGAUGGAAAUUUUACCAACUAACAGUACCCACAAGCUAUUAUAUUGUUUACAAAUUCUUGAUUCAAAGUUUUCCAAAAAUUUCGUUCCUGGAUCGAAGAUGUAUGACAACUUUGUGAAAUAUGGAGGUUUGAAGCAUCUUGUGGAUGGAUUGUUAUGUAUUGGAAAGAGUUAUAAGAAUCCUCUCCAGAAACAAUGUGCUGCUUUACUAUUGAAGAUCUUGAAUAAGUUUAUUCCAGAAAAUAAUGAGAGAUUGAAUGAAAUUUUACUCAAUUUACUUGAAACUUUAAGAGUAUUAAUAGUAGAGGAAACAGAAAAAAGGGUGAAUAACUCUAAUCUUUCUGAUUCAUCUACCACACACAGACCUACUACCUCUUUCCAAUAUAAUCCUCAAUUUACUACAACCUCGGAGUAUGCCCACUUUAUGCUUUACGACUUUGCCUUAACUACCAUUCUUAAAAUAACAUCAUCCAAACCAGAUUUAUUACAACUACUGCUCACUCAUGAAACAACAUUGAGCACUACAAAGAGUCUCCUAUUCUCUCCUGAUGCCAAUAUUAGAAAGAAGUUCGCCAAUACAAUUUUGGAAUUAUCUUCUUCCUCUAGUCAAGCUUCAAGUUAUUUUAUUACAACACUCUAUAAUAUAAUGAUGACUGAGGACAUUGAUUUGUACAAGGAUAGAUGCGAUGAUUAUUUCCUUUUAUUGGAAAAUUCUAUUAUGAACUCUAAACAUUUUACAGAGAUUUCACAAGAGGAGGUGUUUACCAUAGUUAAAAAGAUAUUUGAUAGACCAAUUAUUGAGGAGAAUAAUACCUCUGCUGCAGAUCAAGUUUUGAUUGGUUACUUUAAUAUUGCAAAGGCUCUCAUAAGAACUUAUCCAUUCCUUAAGCAAGAAUUACACAAGCAUAUCAAGGAUUUGUUUUUGAAUGGUUUGUUUGAGGUACCAAAAUUAACUGAUCAAACAGAUAAUUUGCCUUUACCAAAAUGUAAAACAAAAGAAAGUAGGAGUGCAACAUUCAAUUUUUUACAAGAAGUUGUUGAUGGUUGUCCUGAUAAUUACUUGGAAAUUUUACAGUUAUUAGAAGAAUAUAUUCGAGGUUGUGAACAACCACAAAAUUGGCAAGUCUACCCAAUCUACCAAGAAAAGAAGAAACCAUUCGUAGGAUUGAAAAAUCAAGGAGCCACAUGUUAUAUGAACUCUUUACUUCAACAAUUCUUCAUGACUAUUCCUUUCAGAAAGGAGUUAAUCACUGUUAAUACGGAUGAACUGCCUACCAACGAAAAACUUCAAGAAAAUGUUUCUUUGUUGAGAGAGGUCCAGGAUAUGUUUGCCUUCUUAGAGUAUGGACGUAAGAAAUUCUAUGAUACACGACCAUUUUGUAGGGUUUACAAAGUUGAUGGCAGACCUGUUGAAUGCUCAACUCAACAUGAUGCCAACGAGUUUUUCAACUUAUUUAUGGAUUGUGUAGAAGAAGCAUUAAAGUUCUACAAGAAGGAUUAUCUCCUGAGGGAUGUUUAUGGAGGAUCUCUUCUCCAUCAAAUUAUCUAUGAAGAAAAUAUUUCAGAGAGACCAGAAAAUUUCAAUAUUAUCAGUUUAGAAGUUAAAAAUAAGAGAAAUAUUAUGGAAUCCCUAGAAUUGUACUGUCAAGGUGAAAUGCUCGAAGGUAAUAAUCAAUAUUUCAGCGACAAGCUUGACAGACAUGUAGACGCACUCAAAAGAACUCUUAUUAAGGAUCUACCUAAUGUUCUGAUUCUUCAUUUGAAACGAUUUGAUUUUGAUUUCAGUCUAAUGGUAAACAGAAAAAUCAAUGAUCGUGUGGAGUUCCCACAUUUAUUAAAUAUGGAACCGUAUACAGUAGAAGGUAUGGAGAGAAAGGAAAAUAGAGGAAUCUACGACAUUCCGCCUCCUCAUAGACCUGACGAUUACUACCAAUAUAAACUAGUUGGUGUUUUGGUACACUCAGGAAGUGCUGACUCUGGCCACUAUUACUCAUUCAUAAUGGAUAGAAAGAAUGAAGAAGAGAAGUGGUACGAAUUUAACGAUGAAGAAAUUAAUCCAUUCGAUCUUAACAGAAUGGAAAUGGAAUGUUUUGGAGGACUGGUAGAACAUAAUAUUUCAGGAAAAAAGACAUCCCUAUUCAGAUGUAAUAAUGCCUACAUGUUAUUCUAUCAAAGGGUGAGCGUGCUUAAUGCUGAAUCAUUUGAAACAAAGGAAACUUCAGCUAUUCAACCAGCCUCUUCUGUAAUGACCCAGGUUUGGAAGGAAAAUGAAAAAUUCUAUCAUUACAAGAAUAUUUUCGAUGAAUCUUUUGAUUCAUACUUGUUUGGUAAUUUAAGUACCUACCAGAGCAAUGAUUAUGCCAUGGUGUUGAGAAACGUUCAGCUAUCAUGUAAUUAUAUCUUUGGAUAUUAUAUCAGAUCUUACAAUCCAAAGAUUGUUAAGUGGAUUACCUAUUUGAAAGAUACUUUUGAAAAACAUAGUAGAAUUGCAAAGUGGUUCCUAGUAGAGUUUGCUAGAACAGAUAAAUGGAAGAUAGAUUCUCUACUGAUAUGUCCAUCCCAAGAAAUACGUGAUUCUGUUGUGGAUUUAAUAAUAGCAACUUUGAGAUCACUAUAUCCAGUUGAGAAUCUAUUUGAGUAUUUUGAAAAGGAGGAAUGGAGAUUUACCACUACAAAGACCAUGAACAAUUAUCCUAAUUUUGAUGAGCCAAUGGAAGUAACAGAAAAAGACUAUGAAUGUUCUUCAGGAUUCUUUAUUGAUUGCAUGAUUGAUAUGUUGAGCAUUGUUCCACAAUUCCACAAAUCUACAGCUCAUUAUUUCAGAUUAUUGGAAGAUAUUGUUUCACUUGGUCCAAUUUCUUACAGAUUGUUGUGUGUUAAGAGACAAUUAGUCUCAAAACUUGCUCUAAUUUUGGGUGGACUAUUACCAAAACAUCAAAACGAAGGCGAACCAAUUUACUUUAAUUUUAAUCCAAAAUAUUCUAUUGUUACAACUUUUGGACAAUUAUCAGUUGCUUUUAUAAUUAGAAUUUUCAGUAUCUUGGUUAGAACAUGCUCUGCAUCUACCACAGCUAGACCUCCAACAAUUAUGGACACUGACCAAGAGGAUUCCAUUACUGGAGUAAUUGUUUCCUCUGGACCACUCAUUAAUCCAAAUCCAAGAACCGAACCGUACGCUUAUAGUCUUUGUUCAUCAGAUAAGGACAAACUAUUCCACAGACUCUUCUUCAAUCAUUUAGUCAACAUGAAUAUCAGAUUGCAAGAUAUUUCAGCCAUGUUAUGUCAUUGGUGUUGGGAUAGUAUUUCUAUUUCCAAAAAAUUCUGCGAAUUGUUUAUUCAAUCAAUAAUUGUUAACUCGGCAACUGAAUCCUCAGACUCAUACUUCCUUGUAUUCGAUUCAUUGUUGACUAUUGAGGAUUCUUUACAAUCAGAAAGAGUAGGAUUUUGCUUGGAUCAGUACUUUGAUUCAUUGAGCAGAAUGACAGAUAAUAAUUCAUUACUUUACUGCAUGAAACAUUUGGCAAAGAUUGACAGGAUGAAUGCGUAUACAAAGUCUUGGUGGGACAAUAACUUUAAAUCUAUUGAAACAAUCACAUCGAAAAAGGGAUGGACCAUUGAAAGAAAGCAAUAA